GCCAUUUGAUGUUUCUGGUACUGGUUAUAUGCGUAGUGAAGCUAUAGCGAUAUUGUACCUCCAAAAGGCAAAAGAUGCGAGACGAAUCUAUGCCACCUACGUCUACGCUAAAACCAACUGUGAUGGCUUUAAGCAUGAAGGCAUUACAUAUCCCUCUUACAACAUGCAGAAGGAGUUAUUAGAAGAACUUUAUGAUGAUUGCGGUGUUACACCCGAAAUGCUCUCCUACAUGGAGGCCCAUGCAACUGGUACUCCGGUAGGAGAUCCGGUAGAAGUAGACGCUAUCGAUCAAGCAUUAUGCUUAAAAAGGACCAGUCCUUUAUUAACGGGCUCGGUGAAAUCAAAUCUUGGCCAUUCGGAGCCUUCCAGUAGUCUCUGUCAAGUGGCAAAUGUCUUUAUAGCGAUAGAAACAGGUAUAAUCACACCAACUAUACACUUUAAAACACCGCGAAAAUAA